AUGCGUGUCCUCAACUUUUGUAAUGUACCACCUCUACACACCGGCGUUAUCAUUGCUGAUGCCCUUCACAAAUGUUUAGUUGAAUGGGGAAUUGAAAACAAGGUGGCUACUAUUACAGUUGACAAUGCUUCAUACAAUGACGUUGCUUUGAGGGUCUUGAAAGAAAACUUUGCCAUAAAGAAGAAAUUACCAUUAGGCAGAAAACUUUUUCACGUUCGUUGUUGUGCACAUAUCCUCAAUAUCAUGGUGCAAUAUGGCCUUAGUGAAAUUGGAGAUAUUGUUGAUGGUGUUUGUGAAGGUGUGAAAUAUUUGGUUGCAUUAGAAGUUCGUCUUCUUCAAUUUAAUGAAAUUGUUAAGCAGUUGCAAUUGCCUUCGAAGAAAUUGAUUUUGGAUUGUCCUACACGAUGGAAUGGAGCAUAUAUGAUGAUGGCUACUACAUUGGAGUUUAAAGAUGUCUUCCCUAGAUACCAAGAGAGGGAUUUGGGUUUUAUUUAUGUGUCUAGCCUUGAAGAUUGGAUAAAAGUUGAGAAUGUGUGUCAAUUUUUGGCAAUUUUCAAUGAAGUCACAAAUAUCAUUUCUGGAAGUGACUAUCCAACUUCUAAUUUGUUCCUUACAGAGGUGUGGAAAAUAAAAGAGAUAUUGAAUGAGAAAUCAGUGGAUGACAAUGAAUACAUUCGAGCAAUGACUUUGAAGAUGAAGGUCAAAUUUGACAAGUAUUGGGGUGAAUGUAAUUUAUUGAUGGCUAUGGCUACUGUUUUAGAUCCAAGAUACAAAAUGAUGCUUAUUGAUUUUUGUUUUCAAGAGAUCUACCUAGAAGUUGAAGCUACUAGAAACAUCUCUAUGGUUUGUGAGGCUCUAUAUGAGCUUUAUAAUGAGUAUGUUUCUAUUCACACCGCAUCAAAUACUGAGAAAAGUUUUUUGCACAACACACGGGUAACUGGUUCAAGUAGUUCUAUGCAAGGUGUGGGAAAAUCUGUUGUAACUGGAAAAUCAAAAUUUGAAUCUUUCGUUAGAAAAGCUGACACCAUUCAACCUGUGAAAUCUGACUUGGUCAUUUAUUUAGAAGAAGGUGUUUAUAUUUGUAACAAAGAUUCAGAUUCCUAUUUUGAUGCAUUAAAGUGGUGGAAAGUGAAUAAUCUGAAGUUUCGUAUAUUGUCUAAAAUGGCAUGUGAUAUAUUAUCGGUUCCUAUCACUUCAGUAGCUUCGGAGUCUACAUUUAGUGUUGGUGGUAGAGUCAUUGAUCCUUAUCGUGCAUCAUUGUCAACAGAAACUGUCCAAAUAUUGUUAUGUGGAGCUGAUUAG